AUGGCGAAGGACAAAGAUGACCCAGACUUGUCGCCGACACCUGCAGCCUUAGGCGGCAGUGGCAGCCACCAGAAAACAAGUCCGUCUCCAGACACCCACGCGCCUGAGACGGCGUCUGCUGAGAAACCAGUCCUGCCAAAAUCCAACGUCGACAAGCCAGUGGCCGUGCCUGGGAGUGACAACCAUCCAGGGCCGCAAGACAAACCUUCGCCAUCAUCUUCUGACGCGAACACGCCAAACACGUUAUCAUCUGAAGAACAUCCCAAGACACAGCCUUACAGCGACUUCGAGACCUCUUCCGAACCUGAAGAAUCAUUGAUCCCGUCGACCAAACGCAAGAAGCAAACGCCCUGGACGAUGAUUCCGGAACCAGAUCCUGGAGAACUCCACCCAGACCUUGACCUCACUGACCCAAACACGGUGACCCGUCUCCUUGCUCUGCUUCUGAACGGCUGGGUCCUAUCUCGCGGUCGCGGUCCCAGAAACCAUGACACCUGCCUUUGGUGUCGUGGAGCCAUCGACUCCGACGUCGACAUCCUCACCCACGUCGGCACGGACAGCGGGUCCAAGUGUAGGAACUCUUGGCCGGCAACCUGCCUCAUGGACUGGACCCGGCAAGAGCUUGACACGGCGAACAGCCACAGGCUGAAGUGUCCCAUGUGCUCGACGGAAUUCUGCAACUCUGGGACGAAAUCCGCGCACGAUUUCAAGGUCAACCAAGGCAAAGCAGACGCUGAAAGUGUACUGGACGCAGCCUGGUUGAGAGUUGUCCUGUUCAGUCCUCUGUUUGCACGAGAAGCCGCUCUCAAAGAAGGAAAGCACCUCAUCUUUGUGAAAGGGGCAGAAGCCAAGAAACUGAUCCUCUUGGGCCAAAACAAGGUUAUAUUUUACCAAUGCGAAGGUCUUCUCGAUCCCGUCGAGUCGGAGAAUAAGAGACGGUGGCUCAAGAGGCAAUAUGGUGACAACCUUCCCUGGAACGUCGAGAAAUUGACGGAAAUGGGAAUUGCUCAGUCAGAAGCCACGGCAAUCAUGCACGCCUACACUCAGAGCGCUGCCAGCCCUGCCCAUGACUCCCUGGAGCUGCAACCUCGGUUUGACACGACUUGGGUCAUUAUAGACCGCGGGAACAACCAGUUCAUCAUGUCGCCCUUCCUGACCCAGCAAGCUCACAAUGUGAUCCGUCUCCCGGUUCAGCUUGGAAGCGGCGUCAUCAACGACAUGACCGCGGCAGAGUUUAACGACCACGCAAAGAAGAACGGCGGUCUGCUGGCGGCCAUCAAGGGGUUCGACGCGACCAAGGACGAGGACUUUAAGCGGCAUAGAAUGCUUGCGGAGGGGUGGAUCCAACACUUGCUUGCUAAGAACAAGCGGGACGGAAUCGCCGGGCCCAAGUAUGAAUUCUGGAAGCGGGUCAAGGACGCCCAUGAUGUCAAUCUUGAUUUCAGUCUAGCCGCGGGGGAGAAGGGCGAAGGGGAUAACGACGAUGAGUGGGAGGAUGAUGAUGAGGUUGCCGAUGACGAUGACAACGAGUAA